GACUUUACAGUCUUUGCUGCCUGGAUGCGUGAGCUUGAGGGGAAGCUGCAAGUUCUUAACGCUAGUGUUUGUCUGCAGUUUCAGUUUAUAACACUGGUUAUCAUGAACAAUUGCGGACGAAUGUAGCUACUAAUUCACGUUUCGACAAGAAAACGAGUCUAAGGUGUAAAGUAUGUGACUUAGUGGCAACUAUUCUGUGUUGGCGUCUUAUCAAGUCAGUCAGCAGAAAAAGCUGCUUUGCAGUCAUCAGCUGGUGCACGAAAAAGUCCUUGUCUGCAAUGUCUUUAGUGGAGGAUAUCCUGGAUGUGCUGCGUAUUGUCCUGGAAUACUUUGGAGUUGCUCCAGACAUGCUGGUUCCAGUGUGGGACAGUCAGCUGUGUGGUCAGUAUCGCAGCAUUGUGCGGAUGAUUGGGACCAACCUCCCACUGGAACCUACACCGCGGGUCCACUUUCAGGUCCCUCUGCUCAACUAUAGACCCCAUGGUUAUGUCGACAUUCCCGUGGAUACUCCUGCCAUCCCCUCCUUUGCCGACGUCCUGUCGGUGUUUGAGGAUGAGGGCAACAGCUUUGCCAAGACCAGGAAUCAUUUGCCUCCAAAGAAGCAAACAUCUGUAAAUCAGGAUGUGCGGAAAUAUCCAGGACCAGCUCUAAAGCAAGUGCAGAGAGGAGGCAGAUCGGUAAGACAGACAACAGAUCCAGACGCCAUGAAGAAGAUCACAGCACUGGAGAGCGAGCUGCUCAAACUGCGAGCUCAGAUAGCUAUGAUUGUUACUGCCGCUCCAGGCUCAGGUCUGACCGAGUCCCAAAAUGCACCAGGUACGCCUUUGCUGUCUCCUCCAGCUUUUACCUCUACGCCACGCAGUGCUCCUCCUCCUCCUCCUCCUCCUCCACCACCACCUCCACCUCCUUCCUGCCCUGACUCCUCCACUAAGACUUCUUCCGUAUUAGAGCUGAUUCGCCAGCGCAGGAACACUGAGAAAGACCUCAAUAGGGGGCAACUCAAGCCCCAGGACCCAGGCUCAGAUGUUAAAGGGAUCCCAUCCAUGCUGGAUGUUCUCAAGGACCUCAAUCAAGUUAAAUUACGUUCAGUGGAGAGAUCACCAGGGGGCACACCGGUCAUAAGGAGACGCAGUAAGGGUAAAGCAUUGCUCAGCGACCCAGCCGCUCUUAUCGCUGAAGCACUAAAGAGGAAGUUCGCCCAGCAUCGCCAUAACAAUUCCUCUGACAAAGAGAAUUCACUAGAACUGUCACCAUUUGGCAGUCCAGAAACACCCAAGGUUCCUCUCCACACCAGACGCAGUCACGGGCGCCGUCACCUCUGAUCCUGUUAAAUAAUAACUUCUGACCCCAAAAUAGUCAAAAGUCGGACGUCCCUUUUACAAUCGCAAAUGCAGCUUCCACAGAUGUGCCUCACAAACGGAUUACUACUGCAGCUACUGACUUACAUUUCAUUUUUUAUCUUUGUUUGUCUGUUCUUUCGUUCUUGUAAGAGUGUUUGUCUCACAAUGAACAACGUGCUUGUUUCUGUUAAGUAUUUCUUGGUUGGGAGGCUUGAAUGUAUAUUUUUGUUACUAGUGAACAUGGUUUUGGUACAGUUGUUUUGUUUUUGUGCAGUGGUGUCUUAUGUUUCCAGUGUUAUUCAUACAAUAGGGAUAUCUUUUUAAAGGACAUAAUGUGUUUAAGCAGGUAGGCACUGUAACUUGAAGCUAACUGCAAUAAUGUUAUUGAAGUCACUUUGUGAGGCCUUAAUUCUUACCUCAGCCAGGUGAAAUGAAUAACAGUGGGUAUCCACACAGCUUUAUUCUAUGCAACUGCUGUUUCAAGUCGUUUUAUUUUAUUAAAGUGUUAAAGUGCACUGAUCCAA